AUGGGGAUAUUUGACAAUCAAAAUAAAUAUGAACCAUCAUUGAGCAACACUCUUAGAGUUUUAUCAACAAAUCCACCACAAAUGUUUGAUGAACAAGUCUUACAGCGUAAUAAAGAUAUUAUGAAAAAGAGAAACGAAAAGAAAAAGGAAAAAGAUAGAAUUAUAGAAAAGGGUCAACUUACUUGGAGUUAUUUUAGUGAUCCAAGACAAAACAGAGAUAAAGAAAAAGAAAAUAGAGCAAUUUUUAAUAAGUUUAAAGAAAUUGUAAUUGAUAUGAUCCACGAUGACGAAAUACCAUCUGAUGAAAUUUCAUCUGCAGUAUAUGAGACAUUUAUGAUCGUGUCAAAUCCUCACAAAGAUAAGAAUUCAAAAUGUGAAUCUUUAAAACAAAUAUUCCAUUCAUUUUUUAAAGUUCAAAUGUUUACCAAAUUAAAUGACACCGUACAAGAGUUAUUAAAAAUCAAGAAUCCAUUUGAAAGUGAUAUAUUACAGUCAAAAGAAUCAUUGCAAAGUAUUGAUUCACACGAAUCAUUGGAAUGGGGUGCUGUUUACGAUAUACAUUAUGAUAAAGAUGAAAUGUCUUUGUUUGAUGAAAUUAACCACUUUAUUAACACUAAAAUCAACAACAAUGUCGAUGAAGAAGCUAAAACUAGGGAUGAUGAAGUCAAUACACCACUAAGUGAAAUGGUAGUCUUACAUCAACCAGGACAAAUCAAAAAAGCAAAGAAAUUAAAGAAAUUAGCUGCUGAUGGUGGUAUUGCUGUUCAACAACCAAGUUCUCGAUUCACCCAAGAAUGGUUAAGAAAUGGGUGUUUAGAGAUCUCCGAAAUUUUAGGUAUUCCAAGCGAAGAAUUAUUCAACACUAUUAUGUUAGCAAUCAGAAAUAAGAAAACAACAAUGGAAGAAGAUUUAUUUAAUUUAGUUGGUUAUGAUCAUUUUGAAUUUGUUGGAGAUGUUAUUCAAAAUAUAGAUAGUAUUUUAUCAUCAACUCAAUCAGGUUACAUCUCUUCAAAUCAUGCUGGUCCAUUAAAUCAUUUCUCUAUUCAAUUUAAAGACGAAAAGAAUAUGGAUAAACAAAUGAAAAAGGAAGAUAAGAAACGUUUCAAACAGCAAGGUGUUGUUGAGCCACCAACUCAGCAAAUUAAAUUAUUAGAUACAAGUUUACACAACAAUAUUGUGCCAUCAACAAUCUACAAUCAAAAAGAAUUCCCAGGUGCAGAUAUUACAAUUGAUGUUCCCUUCUCUGGUAAAAUUGCAUUGCCAAAGGGCACAGUUCGUACUGAUAAACAAACUCACACCGAAGUUGUUGUUCCUUAUUCACAAGCCAAACCAUUUGCCGAUAACGAAAAACUAGUAUCAAUCGAAGAGGAAAUCAAAGAGAAUAGUAGAAAAGCUUUUGGUCCAAUUAAAACUUUAAAUCGUAUUCAAUCGCGUGUUUUCGAUUCUGCUUAUAAAUCAAAUGAAAACAUUUUAAUCUCUGCUCCAACUGGUGCUGGUAAAACAAAUAUUGCUCUUUUAACUAUUCUUCAUGAAAUUGAAAGCAACACAAAUCCAUAUGGCUAUUUAGAUAAAGACAACUUUAAGAUUAUCUAUAUAGCACCAUUAAAAGCUUUAGCAUCGGAAAUGACAGAGAAGUUUUCAAAGUGUUUAGCUUACUUGGGUAUUGUAUCAAAAGAACUCACUGGUGAUAUGCAGCUAACUCAAAAAGAACUAAAAGAUACUCAAAUUAUUGUAACUACUCCAGAGAAGUGGGAUGUUAUAACUAGAAAAAGUAGUGAUGUAGCCUUAACUAAAUUGGUACGUUUAAUUAUCAUUGAUGAAAUUCAUUUACUUCAUGAAGAAAGAGGUCCAGUAUUGGAAUGUAUUGUCGCAAGAACACUUCGUCAAGUUGAAACUACUCAGGAAAUGAUUCGUAUUGUCGGUUUAUCUGCUACUUUACCAAAUUAUAAAGAUGUUGCUAAAUUUAUUAGAGCUCCUGCCUCCGGUACACACUACUUUGAUUCAUCAUAUCGUCCAGUUCCAUUAACUCAAAACUUCAUAGGUGUCAAGGAUAACCAUGGUAUUAUGGCAAUGAAGAAUAAUAUGAAUCUUUUAUGUUAUGAACGUUUAGAGAAAUCGUUAAAAGAAGGUCACCAGGUUAUGAUUUUUGUACACUCUAGAAAGGACACUGUAAAAACAGCCGAAAUUAUGACCGAGUUUGCUCGUGAAAAGAACUAUAGAUUCAAUUCAGAUGAUGCACCAUACGGCGCUAAAAAAGAAGUCGAAAGAGCUAAAAGUAAAGAAAUUCGUUCAUUAUUCCAAUAUGGUAUCUCAGUGCAUCAUGCUGGUCUUCUAAGACAAGAUAGAAAUAUUGUAGAGAAAUAUUUUGCUGAAGGUGUUAUCAGAGUAUUGGUUUGUACUGCUACUUUAGCUUGGGGUGUCAAUUUACCAGCUCAUACAGUUAUUAUUAAAGGUACACAAGUUUACGAUGCAAAAAAUGGUGGUUUCAUGGAUUUAGGUAUAUCUGAUGUUAUGCAAAUUUUUGGUCGUGCUGGUCGUCCACAAUUCGACACUAGUGGUGAAGGUUUCCUUAUCACAUCCAAAGAUAAACUGGAUCAUUAUUUAAUGUUGAUGAGCAGUUGUAUGCCAAUCGAAAGUAAAUUUAUUACAAAUCUCGAAGAUCAUCUUAAUGCUGAAAUUGUACUUGGAACUGUAUCAAAUGUUAAUGAAGCCAUCAAUUGGCUCAGUUAUACUUAUCUUUUUAUAAGAAUGCUUCAAAAUCCUUUAGGUUAUGGUAUCCCACAUUCACAAAGAUCAAAAGAUCCUCAAUUAGAAGAGUUCAAACGUGAUAUCAUUAUUAGAUCCGCCAGAAAAUUGGAACAAUGCAAAAUGAUUCGUUUUGACGAGGCAUCUGAAAACUUUGCAAUGACCGAAUUGGGUAGAAUCGCUUCACAUUAUUAUAUUAAACAUCCAUCAAUUGAAACCUUUAACGAAAUGCUUCAUGACCAACUUUAUCAAGAUCAAAUUUUAAAUAUUCUUUCAAAUAGUUCAGAGUUUGAAAACAUUACACUCCGUGAAGAAGAAAGUACCGAGCUAGACAAGUUAGCAGAAGAAAAAUGUUUCUACGAGACUACUGUUCUUGAUAGUCAUUCAAAGGUUAAAUGUUUAUUACAAAGUUAUUUAUCACGUUCAUCAAUCGAUAGCUUUAGUUUAGUAAGUGAUUCAAACUAUACCGUUCAAAACAGUUCAAGAAUUCUCAGAGGUCUAUUUGAAAUUACAAUGAAAAGAGGUUGGUGUGGUGUUAGCAAGGUAAUUUUAGAUCUCUGCAAAAUGAUUGAUCAUCAACAAUGGUAUUUCGAAUCACCAUUACGUCAAAUGAAAAUAUUACAAGCAGACACAUUAAAGAAAAUCGAAGACAAAGAAUGGUCACCAGAAGACAUUUGUGAUAUGGAAGUUAGUGAGUUGGCUCAUGUAUUAGGUAAUCAUAUCAUUGGUAAAGCAACUAAAAGAGUUGCAUCACAAUUCCCAAGAUUAGACUUUGAAAUUCAAGUGCAACCCAUUACAGCAAAUAUUAUUCGUAUCAAUAUCGAAAUCAUACCUAUUUUCCAAUGGAACGAUAAGAUUCAUGGUGACAGCCAACCAUUCUGGAUUUGGAUUGAAGAUAGCGAUAGUCAAUAUAUUUUCCAUUCAGAAUACUUUAUGUUGAGCAAAAAAGUUUUCAACCAAAAUGAUCCAAUUCAACUCUCCUGUAUUAUUCCACUCCCAAACCCAAUGCCAAGUCAAUUCUUUUGCCAUUAUAUUUCUGAUCGUUGGUUAGGCAGUGAAGGUGUUAGAGAAAUUUCAUUCCGUCAUUUAGUUUUACCACAACAAAACCGUGUAGUUAAUACCGAGCUUUUAGAUCUUCAACCAUUACCAUUACAGGCAUUGAAGAAUAAAGAAUUCGAAAGUCUCUUUAAAUUCUCCCACUUUAAUCCAAUUCAAACUCAAGUUUUCCAUACUCUUUACUAUACAAACCAUAAUGUUCUCUUGGGUUCACCAACUGGUUCUGGUAAAACUAUUUGCGCAGAGUUAGCAAUGUUCAAAGUAUUCCGUGACGAACCACAUAUGAAGGUUGUUUAUAUUGCUCCAUUAAAAGCCUUGGUUCGUGAAAGAAUGAAUGAUUGGAAAGUUAAAUUCCAAGAGAAAUUGGGUAAAAAACUAGUCGAAUUAACUGGUGAUUACACUCCAAAUAUGAUUGCACUUCAAAAUGCAGAUAUUGUUACUACCACUCCAGAAAAAUGGGAUGGUAUUAGUAGAAAUUGGAAGAAUCGUAGCUAUGUAACCUCCGUAUCCCUAUUAAUUAUAGAUGAAAUCCAUUUAAUUGGUGAAUUACGUGGUCCAAUUUUAGAAGUAAUCGUAAGUCGUAUGAACUUGAUUUCUCAACAAACUGGCUGCAAGAUCCGUGUCGUUGGUUUAUCCACUGCUAUGGCCAAUGCUAUUGACUUAUCAGAUUGGAUGGGUAUUGAUAAAGUAGGUCUCUUUAACUUUAGACCAUCAUGUCGUCCAGUACCAAUCGAGGUUCAUAUUCAGGGUUUCCAAGGUAAAAACUAUUGCCCACGUAUGCAAACUAUGAACAAACCAGCUUUUGCUGCAAUUUCAACCUAUUCACCAAGAAAGCCAGUUCUUAUUUUCGUAUCAUCUCGUAGACAAACUCGUUUAACAGCUUUAGAUCUAAUCUCUUAUUUAGUUGUCGAUAAUGACCCACUUCAAUGGAUUGCUAAAGAUUUUGAUAUCGAACCAUAUCUCGACAAAAUUAAAGAUGCUCAUCUUAGACACACCCUUUCAUUCGGUAUUGGUAUGCAUCAUGCUGGUCUUAGCGACUCCGAUCGUACAAUUUGCGAAAAAUUAUUUGGUGAGAAUAAAAUUCAAAUUCUUAUCUCUACUAGUACUUUGGCUUGGGGUGUAAAUUUACCAGCACACUUAGUUAUCAUUAAGGGUACAGAAUAUUUUGAUGGUAGAACCAAACGUUAUGUCGAUUUCCCACUUACCGAUGUACUUCAAAUGAUUGGUCGUGCCGGUCGUCCACAAUUCGAUAAAGAAGGUAAAGCCGUUGUAAUGGUACACGAUCCAAAGAAACAAUUUUAUAAGAAAUUCCUUUAUGAUCCAUUCCCAGUAGAAAGUCAUCUUAAAGAAUUUCUUCAUGAUCACAUCAAUGCCGAAAUUGUAUCAGGUACCAUUCAAAACAAACAAGGUGGUAUUAACUGGUUGGUUAAUACAUUCUUUUUCAGAAGAUUGGUCGUUUCACCAUCCUAUUAUGGCCUAGAAGAUAAUAGUGUUGAAAGUGUUAACCAAUACCUCUCUGAUCUCUUGGAUAAAACUUUAGGUGAUCUCGAACAAUCACGUUGUAUUGAAGUUAAUGACUAUAAUGAAAUCGUUCCACUAUCAAUGGGUAAAAUUUCUUCAUUCUAUUAUCUCAACUAUAGAACUGUUCAAAACUUCUCUGAAAAUAUUAGAAGAGAUAGCGACAUUAAGACUCUCUUAAGAGUUCUUUGCGAUGCUGCUGAAUACAAUGAGUUCCCAGUUAGACACAACGAAGAGAUCUUAAAUGAAGAAUUAAAUGAAAAACUCCCAAUCAAAUUAUCUCAUUAUGAAAAUGAACAUACAAAGGUUCAUCUUCUAUUACAAGCUCACUUCCAAAGAUGUCAGUUACCAAUAUCAGAUUAUACUACAGAUACUAAGUCAGCUCUCGAUCAAGGUAUUCGUAUUCUUCAAGCUAUGAUCGAUGUUGCAUUUGAAAAUGGUUAUCUUCAAACUGCUGUAUUAACCAUUAGAUUAUUACAAAUGUUAAUUCAAGGUCGUUGGGACUAUGAUUCAUCAUUGAUGACACUUCCACAUUUCAAUAAAGAAAUCUCUGAUUUUGUUUCAUCAAAUGUUUUAGAAAAUACCCAACCAAUCGAAAAUCUCGCUCAAUUAACCAACAAAGUACCAUCCGAUAAAUUAAGAUCAUGCAUUUUAAGCAACGGCUUACUCUCCGAAACUCAAACUAAAGAACUUAUUAAUGUUUUUGAGCAUUUACCAAGAAUUUCAAUUCACCAUACAAUUUCAAAUGAUAAAGUUUUCUCUGGCCAAGAAUUUAAUAUCAAAGUUAGAGUCACUAGAGAUAAUAAGAAAUUCUCCAAUGGACAUGCUUACACCCCAAUGUAUUCAAAAGAAAAAGAUGAAGGUUGGAUUUUAGUAUUAACUAAUGAAAAAGAACAAAUGGUUGGUUUCAAGAGAAUUCCCCAAAUGAUUUCAAAUACAAUCACAGCAAACUUUAAAGUUGAUCAAGCCCCAUUUGGUCAAUCUUCAACUAAUUACUAUAUCAAAUUAUUUUCUGAUACCUAUAUGGGUUUAGAUUUCUUCUCCUCAAUUCACAUCAAAUUAUUUGAUAAAAAAGAAGAAAAACUAGCAUCAUUUAAUUAAAACAAUAAUAAAAUAAAUUUUAAUAUAAAUAUCUUUUGAAAAAUAUUUAUUUUGUUUAUUUUAAUUUAUAAUCUAU